AUUUUACUCAAACUAAACAAACAUCGAGAGUGAGAGGUAUGAGAGUAAUUAAUUGCAUGUGAAGUUUGUGCGCGCAAAUGCAUCAACAUGACCUCGCCGUCCAUUCGAGCAGAGUCAGGAUUGCAGAUGUUGUCCCGACUGUCCGGCUGCACAGGCUCCAGCGUUUCCGACCUGCAGCCGGCGCUUUUUCCCUCAGGGCUGCUAAAUCCACACGACGUUGUCGAAGUCCGAAGCCCUGAGGGCAAUUUAUCAACCAGGCUGUGCUCGCACCUUUUGGCCAGAUGCGUCUUGCCCAUGAAAGUUGGUGGACUGGAAGCGGAGGCAAUUUUCAUUGACACCGAACACCAGUUGCGAAUUCAACAUUUCGCUAGUGCGCUUGAAACUACCCUUCGUAAAAGUGGUAUGGAGAGAAAAGAAAUGCAAAAGGCUCUGAAGGCAGCUCUGAACCAGCUGUUGAUUCUGCAGUGCUUCAACUCGACGCAGCUCCUUGCCUCCAUUCACACACUGCCCCAGUUGAUCCGGUCCAGACCAAACAAAGUGUCUCUGGUGGUCAUCGACAGUCCUGCAGCUUAUUACCAGUCCGAUCUGCUUUUCGAAGGAAACGCAAACACGGCCAAAGUCAGCAAGGACUACUAUUUGGCUACUUUCCUUUCACCACUUUUAAGUUCGGAAAUCAAGCAGCUCAAUAUAGUGCUCGUCUUCACUCUGCCCGUCAACUACAAGAAGUCAUUUGUGGAAACAAAUUAUCCCAAUAGAAGUUUCUCUUUAUUUGUUAAACCUGAGGUUAAGCAGGCAUCUGAGGCAUCAUCUGCUGAAGAUAACAACACUCCAAACUGCUUUCAAGUGAUAAUGCACAGAGGAAAAGACUAUGUGUUGCAAACAAUGUUCUCACUUACUGAAAAUCAAUUAAUUUGGGAGAAAGAAUCCCAGCAAGAUAGAUGACAGUUAUUUUACUGUUGAACUUACACCUAUCAAUAUCUCAUUUCUCAGGCCGUUCAUUGUACACAAUUCAUUGUUUUGAAUAAUUUUUGAUAUCAAUUUUAUAAUAAAAAAUUAAAAUAAAUAUUUUUACCAACAUUAAA